AUGAGUAGUUAUAGCAUAUAACAUUCAAUAUCAGAUAAUAUUGAGUUUUAAAACAAAAAUUUGCAAGGAAAAUUAUUUUGUGAAAGCAUAAUGAAUUGCUUGUAAGGAGAUGAUGAUUUAAUUAAUAUUUCUUAACCUUGUUAUAACACAGAUAUAGAUGAAAGAAGGUAAAAAUCUCAAGAAGUACUGAAAACAAAGAAUUCCUCUUCUCAGUGUGAAAGUUUAGAAGUAGACAUUUAGGAGGUUUAACAAAAUAAACAAGCUGAUUUCUUUUCCAAAUCAAAAAAUAAGGUUUUUUAUGAAGGAAAUGAUAUUAAAGUAAUAAGCAAUAUAGAGGAGAUUAAAAAAAAGAUCAUUAAUAAAAAAUAGUAGAUUUAAAACUCUGGAUUAUAAUAACAUAAUGAUAAUAAUUUGAAAGUAGAACUAAACUUAAUCAAUAAAAAAAAAGAAACUAUAUCUUAUUAACAAUAAAAAAACAUAUCUGACAUUGAAGGAAGUAAGUUUAGCAUUGGGAAGUAAAAUGUAGUAAAUUACGAAAAAGCUGCUAAUAUAAUUAAUAACAUUGUAAAUAAGUCUAUGAACAGAGUCUAAAGAAUAAAUAAGCAUGUAAAAAAUUUCAUUCAAAUAUUAAAGAAUAGAAAAAACAAUAGAGUAAUAGCCCUCUAAGAAAAUGAAUAUAAAAUAAUUAACGAUGAGGCAUUUUCUUUUAACAAAAUUAAUAGAAAUAAUAUACUGAAUAAAUUCAUUUAUAAAUUAUAUCGCUUUGCAGAUCUGAAAAUACCAAUACCUCUUUUUAUGCCAACAAAUAGUUUUAGAGUUUACUGGGAUAUUCUAUAAACUAUUUACACCUACUUAUUUAUCUACAUUUACUCAAUAUAAAUUUUCUUUGCUAUGUAGAAUUAAGAUACUGCUAUCAUAGAGCAAUACUAUUUAUAUUCGUUUAUAUUAUUUUUCAUUGAUACUCUUGUUACAUUUAACACCGCUUACUUUAAAAAGGAUGUUAUUAUAUCAAAUAGAAAAUAAAUAGCUUGGAAGUAUAUGUCUUCUAGUAUUUUCAUGGCAGAUGCUAUAUCUCUAAUAACUAUGGGAUCGAAGCUAAUUUUAAAAAACUCUCAUCUAGUUUAUAACCCUGAUUAUAGCCUAAGCAUUUUUAUUAUAAAUUCGUUAGUUUUUUUAAAAUUAAAAUGUGUUAAUUAAAAGAAAAAGCGAUUUAGCUACGCAUUUACCUUAAAAGAUCAUUAAAAACAUAUAAUGAAAUUACUAAACUAAUUGCUAAGUGUUAUUUUUGUCGCACACUUGGUUUGUUUAGCAUGGUAUUCGUUAGGCUUAUAUGAAAUUUAAAAUGGAUUCUCUUAAUCAUGGAUUUAAAAGUACAGCUUGAAUGAGCUAACUUACUUAUAAUUAUACAUUUAUUCUAUGUAUUGGUCAGUAACUACUAUGACAACAGUUGGUUAUGGAGACAUAUCUGCAAGCAAUCAUAUAGAAGCGCUUUUUAUAACAAUAUCUAUGAUUCUAUUUAGUUGUGUAUUUGCAUAUUCAAUAAAUAAUAUUGGAUUUAUACUUUAAGAAAUAGAAAAAUCUUCUAAAGAGCUCAAUGAUAGUAUCAUUAUAAUCUAAAGGUACUUGAAUAGAAAAAAUGUGAACGCAUAAUUACAAAGUAGAGUUAGACACUACCUCAACUUCCUAGCUAAAGAACAAAAAGACAGAGACUAAUAAUCUGAAAAUCAAGUUUUAUAAAUUUUAUCAAAUAAAUUGAGAAAUGAAAUAAUUGUUGAGACAAAUUCAAGAAUACUGAAAAACAAUUCGAUUUUUGGUGCUAACUUUUCUUCUCAAACCCUUAGAAAGUUAGUAUUUAUUAUGGAAGAAGUAGUUGUUUCACCAAAUGAAAUUAUAUUUGAAGAAGGGGAUUACAUUGACCAAUCAGUUUACUUUAUAGAGAGUGGAAAAAUUGAAAUUUAUUAAACACCUCAUUAGAAUUUGAUUUUAAAUAGCUUUAAUUAGAAAUAGAAAACUCAUUCUUUAAAAGUAUUAUCUAAAGACAGUAUUUUUGGUGAGAUUUCUUUCUUUUCUGGUUUAUCUAGAAACGCAAGUGCAAGGAGCAUUAAUUUAUCUACUCUUUACAGGAUAAAUAGAAAUAGCUUUAUCAAACUAAUUUAAGAAAAUUAAGAAGAUUUUGAGAGAUUUAAAAUGAUGGAAGAAUAAAUAAAAUUCUUACAAGAUUAUUCAAUUUUGUAUUUAGAAUGUUAUGCUUGUAAAAGUAUGGGUCAUAUGGUCAAAAAUUGCCCAAUCGUGCAUUAAAAAUUUGAUUCAUAAUUUAUAGCUUUGAAGCAUAAUUUUAGUUUAUUUUAAGAAAGAUAGGCAAAAUAUAAAAGAAGAUCCUAAAAUGAUAAUUAUGAUCCAAGAGUCUUCAUUAAAAUUAACACAAUAACCUGCUAAUUUCUUAAAGAAAAUAUUAGAGAUCUGAGCCCUGAGAUGUAAAUACUAUUUUCAACUGAUGAAGACAUCUUAAAUUAGCAAUCUAUUUGUGAGUAAGAUAUAGAAGAAGACUAAUAUACAACUGAUAACUAGACUUCUUUAUCGUCUUUUAAAAGUGAUAGCUCAAAUAAAUCGAUAAAAGAACAAUAUAGGUUUAAGAGUGAUAGAAGUAUAAACUAUUCAUAAAAAGAUCACAAAAAAAAUCAUAGCUUAAAAAUAAUAAAAUCUUAAAUAUAAAUUGGAAAGCAGCCAUCAUUGAUAAAAAAUCAGGUUGAUUAUCUAAAAGAAAAUAAAAAAAUGGAAAGCUUAGAAAAUUUAAUGCAAAGUGAAAUAUAAAUUAGUAGUAUAAAUAAUAAUAAGAUAAAUAUUAAAUCACUCAGUCCAACUAAAAAUAAAAAUUAAUUUGACGAAAAUUAAAUUAAUUAGUCAAGUAAUCAAAAUAAUUACCAUUUUUAAGAUAAAUAAGAUAAAGAAAUUGCUUUUGCAGAACACACAAAAGAAAAAAUGAAUCCAAACUUAGAAUAUAAAUCUUAGAAUUCUAAGCUUCAAAAUAAUAUAAAGUUAUCAGGCUCUAUUAAUAAAGACUACUCUAAUAAAAGCCUGUAAGAAGUCAUUGAGGAGAAAGCAAAAAUUAGAUCAAACAAACUUAUCAUUAAAUAUAACUCAAAUAUCUAAGAUGAUUGCAAUAACAAUAAUAAUAAAAGUUGUUAAAGUGAUGAAGAAAAUUAAAAGUGUAAUUAAGGUUCAAGCCUUGUACUUAGAAAUUAAAAAACAAAUAAAUAUUAACCAUAGUAAAGUGAAAAAAGAUCUUCAAUUGAUAACUCUGUUUAAAAUACAAAUAUUAAUGCAUGCAUUGCUUAAAGCUUAGCCCUCUUCAUGACUUAAAGCUAAACAGAUAAAUUUGAUAAUGAUUUAAAUAAGAUAGAUGAUAAAAUGUUAACAAUUUCACAUGAAAAGUAAUUAUAGAAUUAAGAUGUAAACAGUUUGCAGAAUAGUGCUAUUAAAAAAAAUGCCUCAUCGCUAUUUUUAAACAUACCAAAAAGAUAAAAUGUAACCUAUGAGUAAAGAGAGAGCUAAUAUUCUGAUAAAGAGAUAAAUACAAUCAAAAAAUGUGAUUAAUAAGAUAUGUUUAAAGUACAGCAAGCAAACACAGAUGUUUUGAGGUAAAACUCUUCUGAGCCAAUGGAAUAAUUUUUUAAAUAAAAACUACUAUAGAACUUUUUAAAAAUUGUUAAUAUUUAAGCAGAAGAUGUUUUAAAACUUGAUAAUGAAAAAUCUGACAUUAAAAGAUUUAUUAAUCCUGAUAAUAAUUAUUAUGUUAUAAAUUAUUUUGAUCUUAUCAAGAAUUUCAAAAAAUUCUUUCCACAUAACAAUUUUUGUAAUUUGUUUAAAAAAAAGAAAAUCAAUUUAAAUAAAUAGAAAAAGAAUUUCAGCAUGAUUAAAUCUUAGAAUAAAAGGAGAUAAAAUAUUUUCAUACUACAAAAUUCUCUUAGAAAGUCAACAUUUUGUAAUUAAGUUUAACAAAACUCUGCAUUUUUUGAAAUAAAUUAUGAAAAAUAUAAACCAACUUUCUUGUCCUAUGGUGUUUCAUAAAAGAAUGAAUCUGUUUUCCCUCAAUUUUAAAUAUAAUAAUGA